CUUCAGCUUGUCCAGAAGCGGUAUCUCCUCCCCACACAGCGAAGGCAUGGGAGAUUUUGGAAGCAGCAGAUAUCUGAUGCAUGGGGCUGCGGUGGUUUUGCCGCAGGGAUCCUGACAGACACCAUGCACAGCAGCGGGGCUGCAUGCUGCCACUGUGACUCUGACCACUGCUCGUGGCUGGAAAACUAGUGGUGCAAUGGCAGUCUUAAGCUCUGGCAAGCUGACAUUUGUAAUACCCUGUUUUCCCCUGACCCUUUCUUGUGAAAGUCAGCCAUCCUUUUUAACCAAAUCCCCCUCUUAUCUCUCAUCCUACCGCUGCUGACUCCAGCCUGCAAUGGGGCAUUUUAUUUUCCCACAAAUAACUGCUUUAAAAGCUCAUCUGGGAAAAUAUAACCCAUUCCUCACAUGUGCUGCCUCUCUUUCAGCAAAGCAGUCAGUCCUGUUCCAGGCAGUCUCUAAAUCUGUAUUUCAAGACCUAUUUUAGAAAAGUCAGUAGCAAGAGCACUUUUUGGUCAUAAGGAAGCUGCCCAAGGAGCAGUUUGAUCUCUCUUCAACUCAGCGACUGAGGGUUUCUCCAGGCUCUUGUCCCUGUCCCUUGAAGUGGAGCCAGAGUUCAAGUAUGUUGGGAACAUGCAUGGCAAUGAGGUACUGGGUCGUGAGCUGCUGCUGCAGCUCUCCGAGUUCCUGUGCGAGGAGUACCGCCGGGGCAACCAGCGGAUCAUCCACCUCAUCCAUGACACACGCAUCCACAUCAUGCCCUCCAUGAACCCCGACGGGUACGAAGUGGCUGCCAAGCAGGGCCCGGACAGCAAUGGGUACCUGACAGGGAGGAACAAUGCCAACGGAGUGGACUUGAACCGCAACUUCCCCGACCUCAACACGUUCAUGUACUAUAGCGGGGACAUCAAUGGGCCAAAUCACCACAUCCCACUGCCUGACAACUGGAAAAGCCAGGUGGAGCCAGAGACUUUGGCUGUGAUCCAGUGGAUCAGCAGCUACAACUUUGUGCUCUCAGCCAAUCUGCAUGGUGGAGCAGUGGUGGCAAAUUACCCAUAUGACAAGUCUCAUGACCAGCGGUUCAGGAACCACCGGCGCACGGUCAACACUCCUACCCCCGAUGACAAGUUGUUUCAGAAGCUGGCCAAGACCUACUCAUAUGCCCAUGGCUGGAUGCACCGUGGCUGGAACUGUGGGGACUACUUUGCUGAUGGCAUCACAAAUGGGGCAUCCUGGUACUCGCUCAGCAAAGGCAUGCAAGACUUCAACUACCUCUACACUAACUGCUUUGAAAUCACUUUGGAGCUGAGCUGCAAUAAGUUUCCCCCUGAGGAGGAUUUGGAGAGGCAGUGGAUGGCCAACCGCGAGGCCCUUGUUGCUUUCAUUGAAGAGGUUCACCAAGGCAUCAAAGGCAUGGUGUCAGACGAGAACAACAACGGCAUUGCAGGAGCAGUGAUUUCUGUCCAGGGAAUCAGCCAUGACGUCACCUCUGGUGAUAUGGGGGAUUAUUUCCGGCUGCUGCUGCCUGGUACUUAUGCUGUCACAGCUUCUGCAGAGGGGUACCAGCCCCAGACAGUGACAACAACAGUGGGCCCAGCUGCACCUUCAUUGGUGCAUUUCCAGCUCAAACAAGAUGUGGUGAAGAAGCCCCCGGAGCGUAAAGCCUCAGGCACACGUAUGAACAACAAAGCCCUUCAGAAGAAGGUAGUGCCAAGAGCCACCCGCCGGGGGACUCAAAGAUGAGGACAGCUCGCUUGGCUGACAGCUGGGGGAAGCCUUUUAUACGAGACCUGGCUAAUGAUUCCAGGCAGUGAACUUUCCAACAGUCCAGCAUGAAACUAGCCCAAAUCAUUAGGCUAUUAAACAAGGAAGUAUUUAAUCCCUGAGCAAA